UUUGAUACAUUGGAGGCGUUGGACAGUUUUAAGGAAAAGUAGACCUCUCAACAGCAGCGGAGUGAGCUUUCUGCUGUAACAACAACAUCUCCAAAGCCAUCUCUGUCAAAUAUUUUUUCUACUUAAGCACCGUGCUGGACGGCUGUGUCAUUGAAGAUAUAUGUUCGGUAAAGGUGCGAAGCGGAAGCUGGGCGAGGAUGAAGAGGGGUUGGAAGGCAAAACGCUGGAGGGGUCGCUGGCGGGGGGGGGCUUCGGCUUCUGUCCAGAGGGCCUGUCCAAGGUGUCGUACACCCUGCAGCGGCAGACCAUCUUCAACAUCUCCCUCAUGAAGCUGUACAGCCAUCGGCCCCUCGGGGAGCCCAGCCUGGAGCGCCGGGUCCUCAUCAACAACAUGCUGCGCCGCAUCCAGGACGAGCUGAAGCAGGAGGGGUCCCUGCGGCCCCUGCUCCUCCCCCCCUCUCCACAGCCCGACGACCCCAUGGACGAGGGCUUCCGUGAGGCGCCAUCUUCCUUUGGUGUUCUGUCAGUGCAGGUAUCCCAGCCUUCUGCACUGCUGAUGCCGACGAUCGUUCCACCGCCUUCCCCCCACCCAAUGGUGCCUCCCAACAGCCAGGCAUCCCAGGCCUGCCCCAACCAUGGAGGGGUCUGCCUCGCCCCUCUGGAAGCCUGCCUCACACCAGCCUCUUUACUAGAGGAGGAUGGUACAGAUUCCGCCUUUUGUACUCCCACCCCACCCACUCCUCCAAUGUCGCCGCCCACGCCGCAGCCUCCCCCGUUACCUUCGGCACUUCUGAGCCAGACGGCCCCCCGGGUCCCUGCGCCGGCCUCGUCCAACGACUGUUUACCCUCCACUCUGAGUGACAUGGAGUUGGCUCCUCCCACAGCCAUAACAAGGACAGCAGCAGCUAAUGCUAAUACCGAGACUACCUCCCUGGCUCCCACGCCACUCACCCAGCCCUCCCCCUUAGAAACGCUCUCCCCUGCUCACACAGGCCUACCAAGAGACUGCAGGACUGUGGGAGUUAAACCAGAGGCAGAUAGCGUCUUGCUAGCUGAUGCCCGUUGUGCAGAGCUGCCCCCUGCUGGCCUGGCAGACAUUUCUUCCUCCUCUUCCUCCCCCUCGGGGUUCCUCUCAGACUUGGCACUGGACGACGUCCUGUUUGCCGACAUCGACACGUCCAUGUAUGACUUUGACCCCUGCACGACGGGGGGGGCUGUGGGCGUGGCGGCAGGCGGCAUCACCAAACUGUCGCCGGUGGUGACGGCGGACGACCUCCUCAAAUCGCUGGCUUCGCCGUACAGUGGCCCCGCCCCCCAGGUUUCAGCCAAUCAGCCUUUCAAAAUUGAUCUGACAGAACUGGACCACAUCAUGGAGGUGUUGGUGGGGUCGUGACUGACGGACUCCGUCACCACGGAAACACUCAGACAGUUUCAUACAGACAACAGACUGGAAUGAACAUUUAGGAAUCGAUUUUGGCAUAUUCCUGUUUGUUGUUUUUAUGUUUUUUUAAUAGGGUCGGUAAUUGUAAACAUCGAUUGUGAUGUCAAUUAGUACUACUAUGACAACUACUC